UGAACACCCGCUGCCAACUUAAAAAAACAAAUAAAAUCCAAAAACAGUUGGCUUGCCUCGUUCCAUAAUACAACGACAAGGGUCAAACAUAUCAUUCCCAGACGAAGCAAACAGAUCAUUCUCCGCCGGCUCCAACAACAAUCAAUCAGUUACUCCAUAAUUAUCCGAUUGUUCAUCCUAUAAAUAAGAUGCCAUUCAAUUCCAUUCCUCAUUCCCAAUCAAACAAUGAAGCCAAGUUUCAGCUGUCUCUGCUUCUUCUUCCUCCUCUGUUUAUUACAAUGCGGAGCUUCUGGUACAAGGCAGCAGGGAGAUGCUUUGAACAAGUUCUACUUUAACAACAGAGCAGGGAGGUCUUCUUCUUCAUGGCCUAGCAGUCUCCUUUUGGUAUCCAACCUGGAGUCGAAGGUCUACGACAAUAGCAGGCUGAAAGAGGGCGACAAGGUCGUUCGGCUGCCUGGGCAACCGGCCGACGUGCAUUUCGAUCAGUACGCGGGGUAUGUCACCGUCGACAAACCCAACGGUCGGGCUCUGUUUUACUACUUCGCCGAGGCUGCCGAGAACAGCGGGUCGAAGCCUCUUGUGCUCUGGCUCAAUGGAGGGCCGGGUUGUUCGUCGCUGGGGUACGGCGCCAUGGAGGAGCUCGGGCCGUUUCGAGUGAUGAGCGAUGGCAAGACUCUGUACAGGAAUCCCUACGCUUGGAACGAAGUGGCGAACGUCUUGUUCCUCGAGAGCCCCGCCGGCGUCGGCUUCUCCUACUCCAACACCACGUCGGACUACGCCAAGAGCGGCGACCGUAGGACGGCGAUCGAUGCGCUGAUUUUCCUCGUCAACUGGUUCGAGCGGUUCCCGGAGUAUAAGGGGAGGGACUUCUUCAUCACCGGCGAGAGCUACGCCGGGCACUACGUCCCCCAGCUCGCCCAUGCCAUACUCCAUCAUAAAGAUCGCCUCAUCAACCUCAAAGGCGUCGCGAUCGGGAACGCAGUGAUCAACGAGGAGACGGAUAGGAAGGGGCUGUUCGACUACUUCUGGACGCACGCGUUGAUUGCCGACGAGACCAUCGUCUCGAUUCACAAGUUCUGCAAUUUCUCGCUGGAUACACAGCAGCAGCCUCCGGAGUGCGACCGAGCGGUCGACGAGGCAAGCCGUGUCUUCGACGAAGUGAACAUCUACAACAUAUACGCGCCGCUGUGCUUCUCGGCGGGCGUGACGCCGACUCCAAAGUUGCCUUCGAUUGAGAAUUUUGAUCCUUGUACUUCUAAUUACGUGGAGGCAUACCUUAAUAAUCCUGCGGUACAGAAAGCUCUACAUGCCAAUGUGACAAAGCUCAACUACACCUGGUCUGGUUGUAGCCAAGUGAUACCAAGUUGGUCGGAUCAACCUUCCACAAUGUUGCCAAUUAUUCACGAAUUGUUAUCCAAUGGGAUUAGGGUUUUGAAGUACAGGGCGAUGUAGUGGUUGAGACAUGGGGUGUUGCUGCAUUAUGUCAUGGGGUCAAAACUCAGCGCGUCUGAGCAUGCCUUGACUAUACUAUACUAAUGGCUAGUAGUCAUCUAUAAUCUACCUCCUCCGUGUUAGCCUAGGGUUGAGUUGGCGGGGGCGUUGGGGGCGAGUGAAUCACCUUUUGCCAUAUCAUAUGAAAACAUUUUUUUGCUGUUAAAGCAAGCAGAGAUUUUCAUCAGAUUAUAUGGAGUAUCAACUUUACGUUUUAAUACUAUUCCUAUAGGUAGGUGCAUAAAUUUUGUAGUCCUUAUAUACAUUGUGUAAGUACAAUAAUAGAUAUUGAUAUAUCAAUUUUUCAUUUCGAGCCCCAUUGAUUUAGUAGUUGUAGGUGUGCAAGUAUAAUAACUUUAAGAUCUCUGCUUAACUUAUGUCAUACAAUAAAGAUAGUGUUUAUUAGAUCACGAGUGAAGUGUUUUUCGAUCAAAUUUUUUCCCUAAGUAAGCUUUGGCUUGGUUCAUCGUCAUAUAUAUAU